UCUUCUUUCUCAUUUAUACCCUCUCUCUCUCUAUUCUUCUCUGGGAGCACUUGUACUGUCUCUUUCCUUUUCCUUCUCGUCAUCUCUCUUCUAAAGAAAAUUGGAAAAGCCUCAUUUUUUCCCUUCUUUCUUUCAUUUUCUGCUCUUCAACCCAAUACCAUCUCAAAGCUUGUUAAGGCAGGUUAAAUGGAUGAAGAUUCUAAUGGGGUUGCUUGAUCUUCUUCUUGUUCGUGUGUACAAAUAUAGAUAGCUAGCUAGAGCUUUGGUUUGCGUCUUUGCUGUUGUUGCGGCUGUGGAGGUCAAUCGCAUGUGGUGAGAGUUCUUUGGUGGUGGGGUUUUUUGAAAUAGAAAGAGAGAGAGAAAGAUAAAAAGAAAGGCAAUACUUCUUCUACUGCUACAAGUUAUAUGUGAACGAAAGAAGGAAAAAGAGAGGGGCUGUAGUGAUAUACUACUAGGUACUAGCUAUAUAUAUGCUGGAGACUAAGAAGAUAAAGAUAUGGCAAGACAGCAGUACUGGAAGUUAUAGUUGUGGAGAAGCUGAAGUUGCUGCUGCUUGUGACUGUUACCGAAACAGCACAAGAAGAGAGAAUAAUAGCAUCAGAUGUUAUCCAUUGAAAACCCUCCAGUACCAGAUCCCUCAUGUUCUUCUUCCCAGCUGAAUAGUAGUGAUGAGAGGGCUUCCCAGCUUCCUACCAGUACUAAUAAUAAGCUUCCUUCUCCUAAUUUGUCAGAGGUAGUAGUAGAAAAUCUGCCAAACAGAAACCCAUCUCUUCAUCAUCAUCAUCAUCAUCAUAGUCCACUUCCUAAUUUCUCCAUAAGAGAUUAUGUAUUUAAAGCCAGGAGCAAGGAUAUCAAAAAUAGCUGGCCUUUUUCUCAAAACAAUUUACAACUUUGUUUGAAACAUGGCGUGAAGGACGUGUUGCCAAAAUUUCAGCCUCAUGAUACUGUAAGAAACCAGUUCUUUAAGAGAUGUACAGGUGAAACCAGUUCAGUUGAGAAGGAAAACAUCAGCAAAAGAAGCAAUUUUGACAAGAAGGCUUCUAGGCCGGACAAUCGUGUGCUGCUAGACUCGUCUGAUGAUGCUCAAUUAAAUAACAAGCUAGCAGAAUCCUGUGUAGACAUUAGUUCAUGUAGAUCUGGAGAAGGAAAUGAUUUCCCAUCCACAACAACAAGUGAGAUAAACUCAGUUCCUGAUAACAGGCAUCCUAGAUCACCAUUAGAAACUCAAUCUUUGGUCAAAGCCGCUGUUGAAGUUGAAGCUCCUGUGACUCACAAGACUGAAAGCACCUCCAGGCCGUUGGCUAAGAAGUGCAGGUUGAUUGUGAAAUUUGGUGGCAGCUCUGAUCGUAGCUCAGCUGAAGAUAUUGCUUCUAAUUGUACUACUACAUCAGAAACAAUGGCUUCAAAAGUUUGUCCUGUUUGCAAAACUUUCUCAUCCUCAUCAAACACUACCUUGAAUGCUCACAUUGAUCAGUGCCUUUCUAUGGAAUCAACACCCAAGUGGACAGCAGAUUCUAAGCCAACAAGGUAUAGAAUUAAGCCGAGAAAGACACGGUUGAUGGUGGAUAUUUACGCUACAGCUCAAUAUUGCACGUUAGAAGAGCUUGAUCGAAGAAAUGGUACGAGCUGGGCCACCAUGUCAAGCUUGCCGGGUCAAGAGACUGAGAAGAGUGACGCGCCUAAUGAAGGGAAAAAGCAAAGGGUGUCCCCAAUUCAUCCUGAGGAUGCUGCUGAUGUAGGUCCAGUUUAUAUUGAUGCAGAUGGUACCAAAGUUCGGAUUUUAUCUAAGUUUAAUGAUACUCCACCAGUAGCAAAAGUAAGCGAGGAUGUUGGUGCAAGAAGGGAGGAUAUUGGAGCAAAGAAAUCUUUGAAAGGAGGCAAAGCAAGCAAAUACAUUUCAAAGAAAAAGAAAAAACGCCUAGCACAAAAGCAUCAUAAGUAUCUAAAACUUGCUUCUCAGAGCAAAAAUAUUUUCUUCCACAAGGCGCCUUGCGCUCAGAUUUCUGGAGGUCAAGAAGAAUUUAACGGAGAGGGGAAAAGUUGUGAGAAAGAACAACGGAUGUUGAAGCAAAUCAAUCCCGAUGAUGGCGGGACUUUAAGACCAUGGAUUUGCUCCAAACGAAGAGGUUUUUCAAAGAAGAUUCCAACUCCAGAGGGUCAUCAACCUGUGAGAUGUAAAUGGCAUUUGGCUCAAGACUUGCUGGUUGAGAAUGGUCAUCUUUCAGAGAGGAGCCGCACUCAGAAAUCAGUCAUUUUGUCUGAUAACCCAAUAUCUUCUCAUAGAAACAUUGAGAGGACGGAGAAGCCAUUUCAUAAAGACCAUGUAAAUGAGAGGAUGGAGCACUCUCCUGGAAGAAAGAUAGUAACAAAUCUUCCAGUGAGAGACAGGAUUAAUGGCGAAGUGGAUAAGUUGUUUCCAGCGAUGAAGUUGAGCAAAGAUGGCACUUAUACACUUGAUAACUGUUUGCUAAGACCUCCAGACUCUCCCAGGAUAAAGGUCUCUUCACUAACCAAGAAGACAAUCUAUACUCAUGCUGAUACAAGUAAUAAUUCAGAUACCUCUCCCAUUGCUAGCACAAAAUCAUCCCGGAGUUCUCGUACAGUUGUAUCCAAAGCAUUGAGAUUCUGCUCCUUUAGGAAAAGUGUACUGGCUGUCAGCAGCCAAUCUUCUGUGACUGAAUCCAGGCCCGGCAAGGUUAGGAGAUGGUCAACCCUUGACAAGUCUGAAGAGCCUUCGACAAGAGAAAUAGAUGAAGAGGCAAUGUGCAGGCAUCCUGAGGUUCAUGAACAGUAUGAUUUGAUGCAGGAUCAUACAGAAAAUGUACUUGAAAGAGAAGAAAUAACUGAUGACGUGUCUCUUGGUGGAAGCUCCAUCCGGGAAACUAGGCAAGAAAAAAGAUUGUCAUGUAGUUCUGAAAGGCUGGAAGCCUUGUCUUUGAGGAGCUCAAAAUCUACACCUGACUAUGGUCAUGAUGAGGAGAUAAAUGUAGAUUCUUCAGCUAGAUUUGAUGAUGAUGAUGAUUAUUUGCGCAAAAUUGAUCCCCUAGAAUCUCCUGGAACACAAGUUCCAAUACAUGAGGACAUUGUUGUUGAAACAUCUUCCAAGACUUUGGAUGGGAGGACGAGCACCUCUGGUACGAGUAAAUCCGUUGACACUGGUUUCUAUGAGCUAGGUGUUUCUUCAAAGGUCCCAUCAAAAUGUCUUCGGUCUAUUGAAGAUCAUGAAGGACUUUCAAGGCAAAAUGAUGGGUCAACUGGUCCACCUGAGCCAGGUUUUGUUCACGACCAAGGGAUGUUUUCUGCUGCUGAAGCUGGCAGUGGCAUGAUGGGCCAAAAUGCUGAUAUGAUGGUGGUGGAAUUGGAUUCUGAAGCUGCGAAAGUAGACUCUUUUCCUGAGGUUGAUCCCAUUCUGAUUCCAGGACCCCCGGGGUCAUUUUUGCCAAGUCCUAGAGAUAUGGGCUCUGAAGAUUUUCAAGGAAACUCAUCAUUGACUAGUAGCCAGGUUCAGUCAUCUCCAGAUCAGUAUGAUGUGAUUGAUGGAGAUUCAUCAGAUUCCCCUCUAUCCGCAGCAUCGACCAUCUCUAACUCCAUGGCUGGCAGACCUGAUUUCAAUUAUUCAGAACCACCAUCAUCAGCAGGACAUUAUGUUUUUCAAGACAGUAUGAGGUCAUGCUUAACUUCUGCUGGACUUGAACCUUUGGCACAGAAUGCUGAUGCAGCUCCACAAGCAGCAACUACAAGAGUUGAAAGAGCUACUUUCUUGGUAGAGUACGUGAAACUUGAUGGGAUCCCCAUUGAGAAGGAAUCUUUUGGCAUAAAAAAUGAUCAGCCAUGCCGUUGCCAAAGAAAGGAGAGGUUUGCUGAGAGUGUUGCUCUAAAUCACCAGGAAUCACAGCUACUAAGGCGGAGGAAAAUGCCAUCGAUGACAUUUCCUUCUGUUAGCAAGCAAAUGGGUUGCAAUUCAAACCCAAUGCCGAUUAAUUUGGAUGUCAGGCCUGAAUUAGUUCCCCUGAACAGUUACUCAGCUUCAGGAUCUGAAAAGAUGGUUCUCCCAUUCAUCAAGCCCCCCGGAGACCCUAUUCCUUUGAAGGACUCUCCCAAUAAUUCUGCAGUGAGAUCUUUAGCUUGUGCGGAUGGUGAUUCUGCUAGUCCAUCUGCUUCUAAUCCUAUACUAAGGCUGAUGGGGAAGAACUUAAUGGUGGUCAACAAAGAUGAUAAUGUAGCCAUGCCAAUUGGGCAGGUCCAACCUUGUGCUCAAACAAUCAAUCGAACUCCUCACUUUCCAACAAUUUCUGCAGUCUCUCCUGGCAAUAUUCAGAAUCAGGACAGUCAUUCAUUUCAUCGCGUCACCCCUCAAGGUUUUGCCAUCUUUAGUCGGGAUCCAUAUUACAAGACAGCAGUUCAACGUUUUGAUGUUGGGUUGUCCAACAGUUUUGGAAGCCACACUGAUUCUAAGCUACCCCGGGCACCAUCGCAGUUACCAGCAGGCAUGUUUUGUGACCAACAAUAUGAUGGUGGUUUUGUAACAUCCAUGAAGCCUCAACAGUGCAAAGAUGAUUAUAAUUUCUCAAGUUCUCAGAACAGGCUAAAGAGAAGGCUAGAUGCGUUUCCUACGUGUACUUUGCAGAAAGCUACGGAAACUCCUGACCGCCAGUGCAAGCGUGCAGAUUCAUCUGCUCAUCCUGUAAAAGAAAUAAUCAUCAUUGAUGAUGUUCCUGAAAGUCAAACUGUUGUGAUCAGUGACAUUACAAGAUACAAUGAAGGCUGGAGGGAAAGACAAGCAGUUCCAUCUGGUAUCUCUGUUCCAACCAUCCCAGUUUAUAACACGAGUAAUUUGAAUCCCUUUACUUGUUAUCAGUCACAAGACCACCCUCCACUUGGUGGAACACCAUUGUUGCACAAUGGCAACUUUCAUGCAACUGCCACUAGGUUAGUUAAUACGAGUCCUGUUAGGUGGGGUUGUCCAUCGGAGGGUCCCAGCGUGUUGCAACAGAAUCCUUUCGUGGCUGCAUCAAACUCAUCUGGUCAUCCAAGAUCAGCAUCGCUGUAUUAUUCUCCAAGCUUUUCAUAGCCACCGUGGCAAGAUCAGCAUCGCUGUUUUAUUCUCCAAGCUUUUCAUAGUCACCGUGGUUAGCUUGCAUGACCUUUUCUGCGCAGUUGUGCUUUAGCAGGUUUACAUCGAGGCACUGAACUUGAGCUUCUCCCAUGGCUAGCUACCGUUGUCUGAAACUUUAGGGUUCAGAAAUGACUUUAUAGAAGAAAUAGUGGUGGUUUAAUUAUCAAAGACAGCCUGUAUGAGUUUUGCGGUUGGGAUCUCAGACGAAGUUUGUAUUUAUUUCUAAUGUACCGAUGUUGAGUCUAUGACACUUUUUUAGGCUUUCUUCUUCUUAGGCAAAUCUCAAAGCUUUCAAAAACUAGACAAUGUAUAAGCAACUCGUUGAAUAGUAGUCGACAAGGAACUUGGCUGAAAGACAAUGGAGUCAAGUGUUACUGGAAGAAAUUUCCAUCUCGUCUUAACUC